UGGAUUUGACAGUUUGACUGUUUGACAUUGACAUUUAAAUUUUUUACUGUCAGUCAACAAUUGUUAUAAAUUAUUAUAAAAAUGCCACCUUUAGUUGAUAGAAGUCCGGAAAAUGUUAUAAUUGACGAGGAUAAGAAAAAUCUCUGGUCACAAAUUCUGCACGAUGUGCAAAAGAACGGAAAUCCGAAAUUGUCACCACAUAAACAAAUUUUGGUUUUGGGUGACAAUGAGUCAGGCAAGACCACUAUGGUAGCUAAACUUCAAGGUAUUGAAAAUUCCAGCAAAGGUUCUGGCUUGGAGUACGGUUAUAUCGAUGUAAGGGAUGAUUACAGAGAUGAUCACACCAGGUUGAGUGUUUGGGUUUUAGAUGGUGAUCCAGCUCACGAAGAUCUCCUUAGGUUUGCUCUAAACGAAGAAAGUUUUCAGGAAACGUUGGUUAUUUUAACAGUAGCCAUGACCACUCCUUGGGGAAUACUGGAACAGCUACAACAUUGGGCAUCCGUUUUGGCUGAUCAUCUCGAUAAGCUAAAAUUAGAUAUAGAUCUGAGACAAGCUAGGAAACAACUGAUGAUUAAGAUGUGGCUGGAUUACAUUGAACCUGGAGAUGAAUUGGACCCUGCUUCUCCCAUGAAGAGAAGUUCCAGAAAUUUGGGAGACGAUGAUGAGGGUUACGAUGGAACUAUGCUACCAGAAGGAACAUUAUCAAAUAAUUUAGGUCUGGAUAUUGUGGUGGUUGUCACAAAAACUGAUUAUAUUCAAAAUCUUGAAAAAGAGCAAGAUUAUCGAGAUGAACAUCUAGACUUUAUGCAACAAUGGAUUAGAAGGUUCUGCCUUCAGUAUGGAGCAGCACUUUUUUAUACAAGUGCAAAAGAAGAUAAAAAUUGUGAUUUGUUGUACAAGUACUUAACUCAUCGCAUCUAUAACUUCCCCUUUCACACUCCAGCUCUUGUGGUAGAAAAAGAUGCUGUGUUUAUACCAGCUGGUUGGGAUAACAUGAAGAAAAUCAGUAUUCUGUAUGAGAAUAUGCAUUCUUGUAAGCCAGAUGACUACUAUAGGGAUGUAAUUGUACAACCAGUAACUCGGAAAACUAUUAACAGAGAAACUGAGGUGAUAGCAGAGGAUGAACAAGCAUUCUUAACAAGGCAACAACAGAUUUCAUUUGGAGGAGGGCCACCUACUGUAAGACUAGGAGAAUCCCCAGUUAGACCACCCCUAGGAGGUAUACAAGGUUCCCCUAGAAAGCUUGAUGGUUCAAAGGUUGUUAGUUCACCAGGAGGGGAAGGUGUUCUGGCUAAUUUCUUCAAUUCGCUUCUCUACAAAAAAACUGGCUCACCUGGAGGGGGUAUGGCCAAGGCUUCUGGAUCAGAGAGUUUGCCUGAUAAAGCUACCAUGAGAACUGAUGCAGCUGCUGAAUUAGAUCGACUUUCUAGAGGAGCAGGAAAGAAGUCUCUAGGACCUGCUUCGACUCCUGGAAGUCUUGGAUCUAGUGGCUCUACAGAGGAAGAAGGAAACAAGAAAAGUGCAGAAGGAGGAAAUGGGAAUGGUGAGCCAGGUCCUGGAGGUGUAGAUUUCAAUGCUACUGAUUGUUAGAAAUAUAGUGUAUUUAAUUAUUUAACGUACUUUCUAUAGCUUUUCUUAUAUUUUCUAUCUCUGUGAUAACCUGUUUUUAUGAUUUUUUUUAUCUAGAAAAACAUAUGUGUAGCUUCAAUAAAGAUAUGGAUUACUUUAAAAAAUGUAAUCACUCAAACUCAAGUUUUCAUCUAUACUUAUAGAUCCUGUUCAAAAAAGUUAUAUUGACAUCAAAUAAAUUGCAUAUAUUAACCCUA